CUACUUCUAAAUUUGUUGACAUUGGAGAAUCGUGAAUCAGAACCAGACUAGUUUUGAUAAAACAAUAUUAUAAAUCAAUAUGCCAUCUAAAGCAGAGGACAUAAUGAAAGGAUUCAAACUAAAUUGGAUGAAUUUACGAGAUGCAGACAGUGGUAGAAUAUUAUGGCAGUCCAGUGAUGAUCUGUCAUCUCCAGAUAAAGAUCAUGAAGCUCGUGUACCUAAGAAGAUCUUAAAAUGUAAAACAGUAUCCAGAGAAAUUAAUUUUUCAUCCAAGGAACAGAUGGACAAAUUUAGAUUAGAACAAAAAGUUUACUUUAAAGGCAAAAUUUUAGAAGAAUGGUAUUUUGAAUUUGGCUUUGUAAUUCCUGAUUCCACCAAUACAUGGCAGUCUGUGAUAGAAGCAGCUCCAGAAAGUCAGAUGAUGCCAGCUAAUGUUCUAAAUGGGAAUGUGAUAAUAGAAACCAGUUUUUAUGACGGAGAUUUACUUGUCAGCAAAUCCAAAGUUAGAAUCUUCUAUGUAUGAUGAUAGUUUGUUACACAAAGACUCAUAGUCCCAUUCAUAAAAUUCACAAAGUGCAGACAGUAGCUCAUCAAGGGGGAAUAACCUGUACAGCACAACAUCUGCACUUAUAGAACAAUAAAACGUGCAAUUAUUUGUGAUAUUUGUCUUUUGGUGAAUACAUUAUUGUGUCUGCUAAUAUCUGUAACUCGAUGAGGGAUAUAUAUUUCGAAUCUUAAAAAUAGAUAUUUCAAAUCAUUUGAUGAACUGAUGGGGUUUUAUUCACAUUGAAUUUCUGUUUCUUCAGAUUUAUAAAUAUUAUUCAUUUCAAUUAGCAAUAAUGUGUGAAAACGUUCACAUAUAAUUUCUGUAGUUUAAUGAAUAUGGACUAAUGUUUCAAUAUGCUAUAUCAGUUCUACAGUAUAUUUCAGACUGUGUCUAGUUUAAUUGGCCUCCUAUUUGAUUGCUUGCUGUAAAUUUUUGUGCUUUCCUGGUCACUAGCCGUUUCUGUUAAUUUGGCCAGGAAUUUUUAUAAUUAUGCAAUUUUAAAUUAUAUAAUACAUUUUUAUUAUAAACCUGAAUGUAAUGGAUGACAGAACUUUAGUUUCUCAAUAUGUUUUCCCUUAAAUCAAUUUGUUUUUAAAACAUUGAAAGUACAUAACAUAUCUUUCAAAAAACAAUUAUUUGUUUUUGAUUGAAUAGAAGGUAACUAUUGACAUAGGAAAACAUUUUCCCUUGCAUUAUGAGUAUAAUUAUCAAGGGGAAUAAUCACAAUAGAUAGUGGUAUCUGUCUCAUUCUACAAAAGAUAUUCAUAGUACUUCAGGGAAUUAGGCAAAUAUACAUGUGUAGAAACACUUCCAUGUUGUCAGGGCAUAUUAUUUUUAACUGUUGUUGUUGUUAUUCAAGACUGCAUUAUACAAGUAUAAACUCAAACAACAUUUACAUAUAUAUACUUUCAAUUUCUUUUUUUUUCUGUUUUAAGAUAAUUUAAGUAUUUGAAUUUUUUUUAAAUUGCAUAAUUUACCUAUAAGGUCUUAUAUACUGUAAAUUCAGAAAUUAUUGCGAGCAUUUAUUAUUGCGAUUUUGUCCUUUAAGACUAAAAUGCGAUUUUAAUUUUUGCGAUAUUGAAUAAAAUCCUGUUCAAUUCAUAUAAAACUUUCAAAUUGCGAAUUUAAAUUAUUGCGAUUAUAUUCCUGUCGCAUUUUUCGCAAUAAUUUCUAAAUUUACAGUAAUUUGUCAUCAUUAGUCAUUAGUAUGUUCCCAUGCAGGCCAUAUAACAACACAAUUUAUCCACUGUGUAUAUAAAUGACUAGUUAACCUAUGUAUGAUUUAAUAGGUUAAAUAAGCAAAUGCCAUUAAAUUUCAAGCAACAUUAUAGAUUUGUUCUAUGUUGAUAGUAAAUACAUCAUGGAUUUGAACUAUAACAUGUAUAAU